GGGGCCGGCGGCUCGGUCGGGGCCGUCAGCGCUCGGCAGAGCCGUGCCGCGGGGGCUCGGGCAUCUGUGCGCGCCGCGCGGUGCGAGCGGCAGCCGCCCCGCUCCGGGCUCGGCGGCGGCGGGAUGGAAGGCGCGUCCCUCGCCUGGGAGCUGGCGCACGCCGUGCUGCUGCUCAGCCUCUUCCCCGCAGGUGGUUCACUGCCCACUGAAGAAUCUUCACUGAUUGUGAAUAAAGGGGAAGAGUUAAGGCUGACAUGCAAUGAGGAUGGACCUGUGACUUGGAAUUUCCAGAACUCUGACCCAUCGGCAAAAGCAAGGAGUUCCUAUGGGAAAGAGUGGUACACCAAAAAUGCAACUGUCAGAGACAUAGGAAGAUAUAUAUGCAAAAGCAAAGGGAGUACCAUCACCUCUUUUUACGUUUUUGUUAAAGAUCCGAAUGUACUCUUCCUUGUUGAUUCUCUGAUCUAUGGAAAAGAAGACAGUGACAUCGUGCUAGUGUGCCCGUUAACAGAUCCAGAUGUUUCAAAUUUCACACUGAGAAAAUGCGAUGGCAAACCUCUCCCCAAAAAUAUGACGUUCAUUCCGAAUCCCCAGAAAGGCAUCAUUAUAAAGAAUGUACAGAGGUCAUUUAAGGGCUGCUACCAGUGCUUGGCCAAGCACAACGGAGUUGAGAAGAUAUCAGAGCACAUUUUCCUGAAUGUGAGGCCAGUUCACAAAGCUCUUCCUGUCAUCAGCUUAUCCAAAACCUACGAGCUUCUCAAAGAAGGGGAAGGAUUUGAAGUUACAUGCAUAAUCACAGAUGUGGAUAGCAGUGUACAAACUAAUUGGAUUUCUCACAAAAGUGUGAUUGUUACAAGCAAAAGCAGAAAUUUGGGUGAUUAUGGAUACGAAAGGAAAUUAACAUUGAACAUCCGUUCAGUGGGAGUUAAUGAUUCUGGAGAAUUCACAUGCCAAGCAGAAAAUCCUUUUGGAAAAACCAAUGCCACAGUAACCUUGAAAGCACUAGCUAAAGGAUUUGUCCGUUUGUUUGUGACAAUGAAUACCACAAUAGAUGUAAAUGCAGGGCAAAAUGGAAAUUUAACAGUUGAAUAUGAGGCAUAUCCAAAACCAAAGGAAGAAGUUUGGAUGUACAUGAAUGAAACAUUACAGAAUUCAUCGGACCAUUAUGUCAAGUUCAAGGCUGUGGGCAACAACAGUUAUAUAAGUGAACUUCACCUUACCCGAUUAAAAGGAACAGAAGGAGGCAUUUACACAUUUUUUGUGUCCAAUUCUGAUGCCAGCUCUUCUGUAACAUUUAAUGUCUAUGUGAAAACAAAACCGGAGAUUCUCACUCUGGAUAUGCUUAGCAAUGGUAUUCUCCAGUGUGUAGCAGCUGGAUUCCCAGCCCCUACCAUAAACUGGUAUUUUUGCCCAGGAACUGAGCAGAGGUGUUUUGAUUCACCAACAAUAUCCCCCAUGGAUGUCAAAAUCGGUUACACAAACUCAUCGGUGCCGUCAUUUGAACGAAUCCUCGUUGAAAGCACCAUCAAUGCCAGCAUGUUCAGGAGCACUGGCACUGUGUGCUGUGAGGCCUCCAGCAAUGGGGACCGGAGCUCUGCUUUCUUCAACUUUGCUAUUAAAGAACAAAUCCGUACCCAUACCCUUUUCACCCCUUUACUAAUUGCUUUUGGAGUUGCUGCAGGACUGAUGUGCAUCAUUGUCAUGAUCCUGGUGUACAUAUAUUUGCAGAAACCCAAAUACGAAGUUCAGUGGAAAGUUGUUGAAGAAAUAAAUGGGAACAACUAUGUUUACAUAGAUCCAACACAACUUCCUUAUGAUCACAAAUGGGAAUUUCCUAGAAACCGGUUGAGUUUUGGUAAAACUCUCGGUGCUGGAGCUUUUGGAAAAGUUGUGGAAGCCACAGCUUAUGGUCUGUUUAAAUCUGAUGCUGCUAUGACGGUAGCAGUAAAGAUGCUGAAACCAAGUGCCCAUUUAACAGAAAGAGAAGCCUUGAUGUCAGAGCUUAAAGUGUUGAGUUACCUUGGAAACCACAUUAAUAUUGUGAAUCUGCUUGGCGCUUGCACUAUUGGAGGUCCCACUCUGGUCAUUACAGAAUAUUGCUGCUAUGGUGAUCUUUUAAAUUUUCUGAGACGGAAACGAGAUUCAUUUAUUUGUCCAAAACAUGAGGAACAUGCAGAAACAGCAGUUUACGAGAAUCUUUUGGAUCAGGCAGAGCCUGUGGCUGAUGUUGUCAAUGAGUACAUGGACAUGAAACCGGGAGUGUCGUAUGCAGUCCCACCAAAAGCUGAUAAAAAGAGACCAGUAAAGUCUGGGUCCUAUACCGAUCAGGAUGUUACCCUUUCUAUGCUGGAAGAUGAUGAACUUGCUCUAGAUGUUGAAGAUUUACUAAGCUUUUCUUACCAGGUGGCAAAGGGCAUGAGCUUCCUUGCCUCCAAAAACUGCAUUCACAGGGAUCUAGCCGCAAGAAAUAUUCUUCUAACUCAUGGUCGAAUAACAAAAAUCUGUGACUUUGGCCUGGCAAGAGAUAUAAGGAAUGACUCAAAUUAUGUGGUCAAAGGAAAUGCUCGUCUUCCUGUGAAGUGGAUGGCACCUGAAAGUAUUUUCAAUUGCGUCUACACCUUUGAGAGUGAUGUCUGGUCUUACGGGAUAUUGCUUUGGGAGCUCUUUUCUUUAGGAAGCAGCCCGUAUCCAGGGAUGCCCGUGGACUCUAAAUUCUAUAAAAUGAUCAAGGAGGGAUACAGGAUGUUCAGCCCUGAGUGCGCACCACCUGAAAUGUAUGACAUAAUGAAGAGUUGCUGGGAUGCUGAUCCUUUACGGAGACCCACAUUUAAACAAAUCGUACAGCUGAUAGAGCAGCAGCUUUCAGAUAACGCCCCACGGGUUUAUGCAAACUUCUCAACUCCACCUUCCAGUGAAGGAAAUGCUCCAGACCACUCGGUGAGGAUUAAUUCAGUGGGUAGCAGUGCUUCAUCUACUCAGCCUCUCCUGGUACGUGAAGAUGUUUGAGUGGCACCUGGAAGAAGAGGAGCCCAGAUGUAUUAGCUGUUUGUAUUGUGCAGGGGGUGAGAGAGGGACAACUUCAAUAAUUUCUCUUACUUUCUCACUACUACCACUCUGUAGCUGAAACGUUGUUGUAAUACUGUCCUUUACCACACACUGUUAACACAUAAACUUAAUCUGCGGAGCACGGUUACAGGCAUCAUUGCAAUGUUAACUGAAACUGUAAAUAUUUUGCUGUAUUGUGUGUAUUUGCAGUAGAGAGUCAGAUCUGAAGAAAAAAAAACAAAACAAAAAACCAAAAGAAAUCCUGAGCCAGGGUGUGGAUUGAGAUAACUACAGAUCAAAACAAAUCUGCAGUUAUCUUUCUCUGGAUCCAUGCCUGGAAAGCCUAUAGUAAUUUUCUAAUUAAUUUUGGUUUUGCUGAAUUCAAGAAAUAAACAAAUAUGAAGCUAAUGGCUUUGCAAGCCCCUUUCCAUAUCCAACUCAGCCUGAGAAGCUUUCCCAGGAAGGUAUUGCAGGUUGGAAGCCAGCAAGGGUGCUAUAUGUACCCAGGCAAGAGCGGUGAAGGGACUGAACCCCUUCUAAAGUCGGUCUUCACAGCAGCAAACCCUCCUAGGAGCUCUGGGGUUUGAACCAGAGGAGAGAAGAGAGCAUGGAUCCUCGUCUUUAUUACUCACACUGUCAGCCUUGCAGACUGGUCGUGAGGUUUCCAUGGGUAUAUGCACUACUUCCUACUGGUCCGUCCACUGCCAGGAACAGCACUGCCCAUCACUUGGUCUUGCCCUGCCACGAAGCCUGAAUUGCUCCUGUAUCCUCCUGCCUUGGGAGCCAGAGGACUUCAAUGCUUGUCUUGCUAAUGAUUACGUCCAAAAGUAUUCACCAAAGGUAGGUGGGCCCUGCCAAGUUGGUCAAAAUAGAGGAGGAAGGCUGCUUCCAGUAAACUGUGUGUCUGGAAGAGAGGCUGUUUAAUGAGUCAUCUUAUCUAAGCAAGAGCAGAGACAGAAAAUUCUCUCCUGGGGGCCCUUACUUUAUCUUGUCCUACCCAAGUGAAUCUUUCUGACAGGCAGGCCUUGAUAAUGCUAACUGGAAAGGGCUAUUCUACCCUGCCCCAAAUAAUUUCAUAUGUCUAUGGUAGUCCAGAGAUCAUAGUGAAGGACCUGACUAGGAAGCACUGAAUUUGUAAAUGGGAUAAGAGAAAGAAUUCCUUCAGUCUUGUUUGAUAGACAUGAAACUUUAGGGUCAGUAUCUGUUGAGUCCAGGGUUGUGCUCAAGUAUCUCCUAAUGCCUUUUCUUCCCAUUGGAGGCACUGCUUAUUCUUUUCCUUUGUUUCUGUGCCCUAGAAAUUAGUGAAGGUAUUGAGAGAAGCAUUUGUCAGAGGCAGAGUACUAGUUAAGUACCUAUUUAUUUACGAUGCACUUAAGCACUCUGUAACUUAUACUUUAUCAGGAUUUUGGUUGCGUUUACAUGCAAUUUCAAUGUGUAAGUAACUGCCCAAAUGCAAGGCAAUUGUAAAUACACACACUGGUAGUAUGUCUUGGUUUAUGUUGAAUACCAUGCUCCUUGUAUGACUGUGCAUUUGGUUUAUUGUUACAGGAAUCUGUCUUUCAGAGUAAGUAAAAAAUUAGCCAUUUGCACUGAAGUUACUUAGGCUGUUGCACCUUUCCAAAGUUAUCCAGUUGUUUGGAGGCACUCUUAUGCAUACUUGUUGUUGAGCAUUUUCAGUUUAAUGCUAUAAAAGCUCUUUUGUAACAUGUUGGCUUUCAGAGCAACUGUAGGCAAGCUAGUUGUUAUAGAUAUUUCGGUACUUAACAGACACUUAGCUGAAAAAAGCUUGGGUUUUUUCGUUCUUGAAAAUUAUAUUUUUAUAAUUUUGGGAUUUUUGAAACUUAUUUUGCAAUGGCUUGGUGUUCUAAAUGGGUUUAUGCAUUGUUUUUGUAAAUAUGGAAAUGUAGCAAUAAUGUCCUUUUGACUAUUCUCAGUCCUUGAGUCUCAAAAGUAUUUUUUUAUAUAUAUAUAUAUGCAAAAACUAUAUGUAUAAAUAUGUAAGUGUUUGAAAGUUCAUUAAACACUUAUGGAUAUGUUGCUCGGUUGUAGAAUUGCAGUUCAGAAAAGUUCAAAUAAAUCUGUAAAUAUGUAUUCAAAUGCUACUAAUGUGUACUAUGUUAAGAUGAAAUAUUUUCAUGGAUGUCUUAAUAAA